AUGCCUCUCGAUACAUCUACAACAUACCCCCUGACCAAACUGCGUCUUGAUGGCCGUCGCUGGAACGAACUCCGUCUCCUGCAGGCGCAAAUCUCCACGAACCCCGCCAGCUCUGGAUCCUCGUACCUAGCCAUGGGCAACACGGCAAUCAUGUGCUCAGUUCACGGUCCCGCGGAGGGUCGUCGCGGCGAUGCCACCGGCGGCGCUGCCGGGUCCUCGGGGGCAGUUGUCGAGGUGGACGUCAACGUGGCCGGGUUCGCGGGGGUGGAUCGCAAGAGAAGGGCGGGAGGAAGUGAUAAGCAAUCGUCGCGCAUCGCUACUACGCUCCGAUCGGCCUUCCAGUCUCAUCUUCAUACCUACCUGUACCCGCACAGCACAAUCAGCAUCCACGUCUCGGUCCUGUCCGCCGACGGAUCGCUCCUGGCGGCGGCGAUCAACGCCUGCACGCUGGCUCUGGUGGACGCGGGUGUCCCGAUGCCGGGUCUGCUUUGUGGCUGCACGGCCGGGAUGAGCGGGAGUGCGUCCACGCCGCGAGACCCGCGGAACGACACCCUCGACCCGCUGCUGGAUCUGUCGCUGCCCGAGGAGCAGGAGCUGCCGUUCCUGACGGUGGGGACUACGACGUCCGUGCCGGUGGGAGAGCAUGCGAUGGACGACGACGAGGAUAUGAAAGUGACGAUGCUGAACAUGGACUCGAAGGUGCAUUGCACGUACGUGGAGACGAUGCUGGCCGUGGGCAUUGACGGGUGUAAGCAGAUCCGGGAGAUUCUGGAGGGGGUGAUCAAGGGGUCGAAUCGGCUAUAG